GGCUUUUUAGUAGUAGGCGGCGUCAGUGAUGUACAACUGUACACACACAUCAUUUAGCAAAGGUGAGAGUGCAGCAGUUUAUCACCUGAUAUGGCAACUAAAAUUAUCUAUUUUACAGUUAAUGGUAGACCAGAACAAGCAGAGUUUCCUGUUGACUGCCCUGCACAAGAUGUAAAAGACCUUUUCCGAGCCGCGGCUGAGGCGGGACCUCAUGACAUCUUGAAACUCUAUAACACUAAAGGGAAUAUAAUUAAUAUCUCCCCUCAGCUGGCUCCCAACAGCCCUCACUCAUGCUAUAAACUGGAAGUGGUCGCUGCAGAUUGCAACAGUGAGGUGUUAGGUACAGAGCUGCCCGUUGCACUGGGAUUUGACCUCUCAUCUAUGGAAAAAAGAUUACAGAGUCUGGAGAAAAGAAUCCUUACUGAAGCCGUAGAGACUCCUGCCAUUGUCUAUGAGAUGAAGAGACAAGUGGAGUCAUUCAGAGAGAAGCUGGAGAGUGUUGAGCAUUUGAGCUGGCUGGGGCUUUUCAAAAAUAUCUCUGAGGGCACUCACAAGCCCUCCCCUUUCUACCAUAAAAGGACUCUACGCAAGACGCGUGAGGAGUGUGAGCAUGUCAGGGAAAAAUUCCUCCAAAUGAGUUCUCUUGAAGUUUCCGAAGAGGUGAGACAGUAUCUUAAAACGCCAACUUUUGAUAACUGGCAAUGGGAAGAUGCUGAGAUAAUGGUGCUGCUUCAGGUGAUGUACACAGACUUGGAUUUCAUCUCUACUUUCAACAUUGAGCCGGAUGUGCUGCAGCAGUUCCUUUAUGAAGUGUACCGACGUUACAACAACAUCCCUUUCCACAACUUCAAGCACUGCUUUUGUGUCACUCAAAUGAUGUAUGGUCUGAUAUGGCUAACAGAUCUCAGGAGUAAGAUUGAUAGUGUUGACCUUCUCAUAAUGCUGACCUCGGCUGUCUGUCAUGAUCUGGAUCACACAGGCUACAACAAUGCCUACCAGAUUAAUGCACGUACUGAACUUGCCUUGAGGUACAAUGACAUCUCGCCACUGGAAAAUCACCACUGUGCUGUAGCCUUUGAAAUCCUUGAAAAGACCGAAAGCAACAUUUUCCGAAACUUGUCAAUGGAGCAAUUCAAAAGAAUAAGAGAGGGCAUAAUUAAGUGCAUUCUGGCUACAGAUAUGACCAGACAUACCGAGAUCCUCAACAAAUUCAAAAGCAUUUUACCUGUGUUUGACUUCAGCAACAAAGAUCACAGAGAUGUGCUGAUGAUGAUAAUGAUUAAAGUCAGUGACAUCUCUAAUGAGGCGAGACCCAUGGAUGUGGCAGAACCAUGGCUUGACUGUCUGCUGCAGGAAUUCUUCAACCAGAGUGACAUGGAGAAGUUGGAGGGUCUUCCUGUCACCCCGUUCAUGGAUCGAGAUAAAGUGACCAAACCUUCUUCUCAGACUGGCUUCAUCCGCUUUGUUCUCUUCCCGCUCUUCAUUGAACUAGCCAAUCUAUUUCCAAGUCUAGAGCAACAUAUCAUUGAUCCAGUGCGGAAAGCUCUUGACUAUUACACAGAAAUGGAGAAAGCACUGGAGAGGGAGAAACUGAACCGGGCUCAGAGUGAAAAGAUGAUCAAGCCCAGUACCUCAAAAGAGCCAGAAGCCCCUACAAUCUGAUGUCAGACUUUCAAAAACAACAUCCUGUUAUGAAAGUACAAGCUGAAUGUUGGGGGAUUUUAUCAGUCUUCAUUGUUUGUUUUAAAGGAUCUCUUAAAGGGGACAUUUCACAAGACUUUUUUUUUAAGAUGUCAAAUAAAUCUUUAGUGUCCCCAGAGUAUGUAUGUGAAGUUUUAGCUCAAAAUACCAUAUAUAAUUUAUUAUAACAUGUUAAAAUUGCCACUUUGUAGAUGUGAGCAAAAAUGUGUCCUUUUAAAUGGAAAUACGUUGAUCUCUGCACUAAAUGGCAGUGAUGUGGUUGGAUAGUGCAUAUUAAAGGGCGGUAUUAUCCCCUUCUGACAUCACAAGGGGAGACAAAUUUCAAUAACCUUUUUCACAUGCUUGCAGAGAGUCCCUUACUCCACCUUGUUUCUACAAU